AUUCUGUUUUAAAGCUGGAAGGUCGUAUGUGCGCAAAAAUCGGUGGGCUAAGUGAUUUUCAAAAGUAACUGAAAAUACAGAAAAGUUAAAAUUGGAAUUUGUUUAACUUUACAUGACAUCGAACUGUUUGUUAAAAUUAAAAUUAAUCUGUUUGCGUGCGUGUUAAAAGUCAGUUAAUUUUUGAGCAAAUUUGGGAAGCAGGACUGCGCAAAAAAGAAGCAUUUCGUGAUUGGCGGCUGGUCGUUUGAGUGUGUGCGUGUUUCUCUUUGGUGCCUGUGUGUGUGUGCGUAUGUGUAUGUAAGCGGCUGUGCGACGUGAGAGCAAAAGGAGAAUUCGCAAGAUAGAAGAGCCAAGAAGCGGCGUGUGAAUCACGAGCAAGUGAGAGCACAAACUGAAUCACAUCAGAAUUUAUUGUUGGCAUCUUUAGAAAGAUACAAAAAAAAGCCGAAAAAACCAAAAGCACACACACACAAAAUAAAAAUAUAUAAAGUAAAAUAUAAAAUAUAGAAAAACUAAUUGAGAAGCAGCUGCUGCAUCAGAAUGGAACACGAGGAUAACGCGCACUUCGAUUUCUUGCAAAAUCGUCUCGCGGAGAGUCUGCAAAACGCUGGCAGCGCCGGCAACGCUGCAGACGUCGUCGCUGCUGAGUUGGUGCCCAGCAUUGGCCCCAAGUCUGACGAGCACGAUGACGACGAAGAAUGGAAGUACAUAAAAGAAGUGCAGCAGAGCGAAAAGCAACAACAACAGCAGCAACACCAAUUCUACGGCGAAAAGUUUAGCGACGCUGACGUUGACGUCGCUUUUGGCGUUGGCGUCGGUAAUGGUAUUGGUGUUGGCAACGCCAAUGGCAACGGCAUCGGCAGCGCAGUCGACAGCAACAGCGACGCGUAUAUGUCGCUUGGCAUGGACUUGAGCUUGGGUAAUGGCGUUGGCAGCGCAGCCGGCUUCAGGGCAGCUGCUGCCGUUGAAGAAGAAGAGGACGUCGAGGUGAUUAAACAUGAUGGCGACUUUUCAAGCAACUCCAAUACGACCACAACAUCGACCACGGGCGAAGUGGAGGCACAGCCAAAGGAGACGCCGUUGCCAAAGCCAGAGCAGCUGCGUCAAGAAGACGAGAAUGAUGUGGAUGUGGAUGAGGAGGAUGAGCCCAGCUCUGUGGCAACCACUUAUGGCACGAGCAGCCUGAGCGAACAACAACAGGAGCCAGAGCAAUUGACUAAUGAGGCUUCCGCAGAUCAGUUUGACAACAAGGAAAAUGUUCAUCCCACUGGCCAAGAUCAGGCCGAUUUAGAUCUCGAACUGGAGGCGCACUCGCAACUAAAUCCUAAUGCCGUCGAGUUUGUGCCGAACUUUGGCUCUCAGCCUGCCUCGCCGCCACCCAGUGAGCAGCCACUUCAAGCCCUGGGACGCCAACUGCUGGUGGGUGGAGACGAUUUGGUCGCGGAAAGCCCACGCAAGGGUGUACGCGACUGCAACAUGGACACCAUUGCGGUGCCCGAUGAAUGUGAGUUCGACACUGAGGCCGAUAAGCGUCCGCAUGAGCUGGAGCAGGAGGAUGACACGUUCCCCGCUGAAGCGGAGCUGCAGAAUGGCAGUGAGGUCUACCAGCAGGUGGAGCAGCAGCACAUCGAUCAUGGACCCGAGACUAGCGUUGACUUGGAUGCCGAUUUGGAGCUGUCAGAGCCACAGAACGGAACAGAAACAGAUUUUGUGGCUUUCCAGUCGCAGGACGAUAUCAUGAAGCAGUCUAUCUAUGGCGACUCAAAUUCGAAUGCUCCCAUUGAGGAUAUUCUCAACUCGGUGCAGCCGCUACCCCAGCAGGCGAUCGGCGAUGAGCCACUCAAGGAGAAGGAACUGCUUAACGUGGAGGAGAAGGAGCUUGUUUCCCAAUCUCCAUCCAUUGAGGAGCUAAAUCAGCAUCAAAAUCAGCUGAUUGACCCCAUGCAGGCCUCAUUCUAUCUGGAGCACACCUCCAGUGAUGCAUUCGCUCAACCCGAUCACGACCAGAGUCUUUUGCUGGACACGAGUGCACCUGCGUUCAGCCCCCUGGCUGAUGAGCCGGGCGUGACAGCCACAACACUUGAGCUUCAGCCUGAACAGGCCGAUAUUGUGGACAUUACCCCAUCUCCGCUCUCCUCUUCCACCGAAGAGAAGCACCUCGUUGAGGAAACGAAGGAGCAGCAGCAGCCCGAAUCCUUCUUACUGUCGGACAACAUAGAGAACGAAUUCAAUGUCGGUGCUCCGCGUCAGGAGUAUGCUGAAUUGAAUACAGCUACCGGCUAUGGAGUCCACAGUGAGGAGGAAUCUGCUCCGGCUAGUAAUCCAUUUGGCUUGGACGAUGGAUUGGAGGUGGAGCAACGGCAGCAACAGCAGCCGCCUAAAGGCGAAACGAACUUUUUAGACGACGUGGAGGAACAGUAUUCAGAGCAGCAGCAAGAGCAACCUGUGCAGAAGGAGCAGCAAUUCCAGGAGGAAACACAGCAGCAGCAACAGCUGUUCCAGGAGGAGUCUCAGGUGAACUUCCAUGAAGAACAGAAGCUGAACUUCCAGGAGGAGCAGCAACAGCAAUUCCAGGAGGAGCCUCAGUCGUAUUUCCAAGAAGAACAGAAGCUGAACUUCCAGGAGGAGCAGCAACAGAACUUCCAGGAGGAGCAGCAACAGAACUUCCAGGAGGAGCAACAACAGAACUUCCAGGAGGAGCAGCUGCAGUACUUGCAGGAUGAGCCACAGCAGCCCUCGCAGGAGGAGCAGCAGCAUCAAUUGCAGGACUCGCAACCGGUCUUCCAGGAGGAGCAGCAGCCACAGCACGACGACUUCAUGGCUGCACAGCACGAACAGCAAGAGCCACAUUUCCAAGAGGAGCUGCUGCAACAGGUGGCCGAACCAGCUUUUAAACAGGAGAUCCAACCAAAUUACAACGAACUACAACUGCAGGAUGAGCUCAUCGAGGAGGAGGUAUCAGUAGCGCAUCAGCUCAACGCCGAAGCUGCACCCUACACGAAUGGUCUAAGCAGCGCUGAGACACCAGAGCCAACACCCGAAGCAAGCAACGUGGAGAAGGAGGAGGCGGUCAAGCCAGUGGCGGAGCCUGAGCCAAUUGUGGAACAGUCGAUUCCUGCAGCCCCAGCUGCGGAACAGCCUGUCGAGUCUUUGCAGCAGGAGCCGCCUGCUGUUGUGGCCGAUGAGCCAGCAGCUGUGGAACAGCCACUUGAGGCAGCACAGCCAGUCGAGGUGGCCCAACCAGCAGCUGCUGAACAGCCGGCCGAGGAGACACCUGUGGCUGACAUCGCCGUUGCUGCAGUGGCUACUACAGCUGUGGCAGCUGCGGCUGGAGCAACUGUCGCAGCUGCCACUGCUGCCGCAGCCAAGCCCAAGGUCAAGGCUAGCCCCAGUGAUGCACAGAAGAAGGCGGCUGCCGGCAAGGCUGCACCGCCUGCAGCGGCCAAGAAGCCCUCACCUGCGCCCAUCACGAAGCGAACCACGCUGGGCUCCACAACUGCACGCCCACGCACGGCACCGGCUGCCGGCGCUGUCAAGUCCAGUGCUUCCACAACAUCAACAACAGCAACAGCCAAGACGAGCACCACAGCCCCACGCAAGCCGCUGACGGCUAGCAAUACGGCUGGCAAGCCGGCACCACGUACCACUCACAGCACCCUGAGCAGCGCUCGCCCGGCAACCGCUCCGGCCAGCAAGACCGCUGGCAGCUUGAGCAAGACAGCUGCCAAGCCGGCCACCACGGCACGCUCCACCACCAGCACCACUACGAGCACAACUACAGCCCGCAAGGCACCCAGCUCGACCACAUGCAGCAAUGGAUCCGCCACAGCCGCCACCAAGUCGCGCCUGCAGGUGACGGCCAGCAAGCCGGCCACCACUCCCAACAGCCUGGGCGCCACUGGCGCCGCUGCCAAGCCGAAGACUCUCUCACCGCGCAGCACUGUGUCCUCGACGCUGCGCAAGCCGCCGACCACCAGCACCACUGGCAGUUUGUCUGGUUCGCGCAGUCCCUCGAAGCCGCUGGCCAAUGGCGUGGCCAAGCCGAGCAGCGGCAGCAGCGCAGCCACUAGCACCACCAGCACCACCCGCAUCAAGUCGGCCACAGCCAACGGCAGCGCCACCAGCAGCGCCACCACCACAACCACGACCAUUACCAAGACUUUCACGGCGCGCCCAGCGCCCAAAUUCACACACUCGGCGCCGACCGGUGGUGCGAGCAGCGCGCGUCGCACCCAGCUGACCGCUGGCAGCGCCACCACCACUGCUGCACAGCAGCGCAAGUCGUCGCCCUUGAAGAGUGCUUCCAGCUCGCCGCUGAAACCGAAAGCCAAAGAGACCGCUAAGACAUCACCAGGUGCUGGCAUGAGAAUCAGGCGGCCAACGGGCACCACCCCAGCCAAGGCGGCAGUGGAAACGAAGCCCGCAGAACCUGCAGCAGCACCAGCAACAGCAGCUGACCCAGAGCCGACUCCUGCUGCCAAUGGCUUGAAGGAGGCGGAAAGCAAAGUGGAACAGAAUGGCAAUGGCAAUGGAUUGUACGACACUCUGGAGGCAGCGCAGGAGGCAUUGGAGCCACAGCCGCAGCAGCAGCAGCAGCAGAACCCAGAGGUGGCACUGCUGGAUUUCUAGGCGGCGUCCGGCUGCAGCGCCGCAGAUGAGUUGAUCACUAAUGGAGUUAAAUAAAAAAAUGAAACUACUUUACUAAUAUUAUAAACAUAUUAUGAAAAAGUAUUUUGCGCAUGAAAACUGCGAACAGCGAAAUUUUGCGAUCCCUCAGCCCCUCCUCUUCCAUUUCCAAGUUGUGGCUCAGUGGAGCGUCCAUUAAUUUUUUAAAUACAUAUAUACACACAUACACACACACGCAGACAAAUAUAGAUAUAUAUAUAUAAAUAAAUAUAAAUAUGUUUAUGAACAGAUAUGCCCCCCACUCACACACGCAAACGGGGGGCUCCGACAUUAGUUUGUGUGGCACAAUUACGAUUUUUCCAAGCCCAAAGUCGAUUAGAGUUUUGUGCUAUUUUGUUAAGGUUUUUCCUUUUGUGUGUGCUCGCUCGCUUCUUUUGCUCAUUUGCAUACUUUUGGAUUCAUUUUACGUUUUUUACGUUUUUAAAUAUUAUAAUUGUUCCUCACGCUCUGUUUUUUUUUCCCGUCUCUAUUAUUUUGUCUCAUUUGUUUGCUCAUGUAUUAAACGAACAAUUUUUAUGUGUCUAUUUGAGUUGAAAACGAGAAAGAAUCUUUGGAGCGCAAAAACGAAACGAAAAGAAAAAAAAAAAAACAAUACAAAAAACUAAAGGUGUUUUAUAAGAACCAUAAAAAAAAAUUACAAAAAAAAAAUUUAAGAAAAUAACGAACAAAAAGAAAAAGAAUAUAUAUAUAUUAACACACUUGUAUGAGAGUGUAUGUGACAGAAAAAAAAGGAAAACUUAUAAAUGUAGCUCGUAGUUGGCAUUCUAACACGUAAUAUUUCAAAUAUCAAAACUAAUCAACAAGAAAAACGAAAACAAAAAUUUAGAAAAAAAAAAAAAUAAUAA